UUGCUGUGUACUGUAUGGUCAUGUACAAUGCGGAAAAGACUCGUACAAUUCAUACACCAAUUAUAUUGUACACAUGUCAUAUAAGCAUACUACUUUACUGUGUACAUGGGAUGUACAUACACUUACAUGACUUACGUGUGUUAUGCUGAGACUGAGAGGUUGUAUGGCCGACUACAAAAAUCGCACUUUUUAAUUAAAGCCACAAAUUGAAGUUAAACCUGCCAGUCAAAACGUAGACUACACAGCUAAAACUGCCCAUUGGAGCAACCAAUCUCUCGCCAUUUUGGACACAAAUUGUGAUUUCACCAUUUUGUAAGUGACGAACGUACGGCCAACCACCGGACCCUAAAAAAAAAGUGAAAACCGUAACUUCGGAAUUUGUUGAACAACUCUGACCACCUUGCCCAAGUAGGGGUCAAAAGUUCUCCACACUGCAAGCCGGAAGAAACUCCAAAACUUGGCACAUCACUACAGACAGCAAACUGGUCGAAACUUUAAAAAAACAAAUUUAAUUGUUAUUGAGCGAACAGAAGCUCCCGAUUUUGUAAUAAUAGGAGAUUGUAUUUUUGUAUGGUACACUAUGGUUGAUGCGGUAGCAAAGCACUCGUUCAAAGCAACCAGUGAAGAUGAACUGUCCUUCGAGAAAGGAGACACAAUCGUUGUUAACGUUUUAGAGAAUUCAGAACAACACUGGUACAAAGCCUCUUUGAACGGAAAAAGAGGAUUAGUGCCAGCAAACUACAUUGAAAUAAAAGCAUACCCUUUCUUACAUGGAAACAUCUCAAGAGAUGGUGCUGUUUGGAAGCUCAACGACCAGCCAGACGGAGCUUUCCUUAUCCGUAGAAGUGAAAGUGACAUCAGCGAAAUCAGUUACUCACUCUCUGUCAAAUACGGUGAUGGAGUACAGCACUUCAAGAUCUUAACAGACGGCAGUUUCAAAUACUUCCUGUGGGUAGUGAAGUUUAGAUCGCUAAAUGAACUGGUGGAAUACUACAAGACUUCCUCCGUUAGCCGGACACAAACAAUUUUAUUGAAGGAUAUGGAAGUAGAAUGUGAAGUAGCGGUAGCAGAGUUUGACUUCACUGCGCAGGAAGACGGUGAGAUGACGUUUCGCAAGGGUGAUCAUAUAGAGAUCUUGCAAAAGGCUGAUGCUGAUUGGUGGAAAGGGAAGCUGAAGGGGCGAGAGGAGAGGGGACUCUUCCCAGCAUCCUACGUCAAAAUUAUCAAAUAACAAGUGAGUAAGGGCUUUGGGAUUACCUCUCGUCAGGUUGCUGUUGACCCUCAUCAACAAGAGUCAUUCAAGUCAAACUUUAAGAAAACUGCAAAUUAUUUUCUACUAUAAUGUUAAAUAAAUCACUCAGAGUUUUUUCUUUCUAACUAUUUUUUACUGCUCUGAUCAUGGUGUGCGCUGUUCCUUACAGCGGGAAAUGUUUUGAGGAACUGCGCAAAGUGGAAUAAUUCUUUGCGAAUCAUGUCUAUGAAAUUGUUUGGGUAGUUGCUGAUAUGAAUUUGUAUAAUUGUUAAGAAUUUUAAGUGAAAAGGAUAAAAUUACAAUGGUUGUGAAGAGGAAGUUGAAAGAAGUGAAGCCACCAUUCGGACUGCGUCAAGGAUGCAUCAGGUAUCGCCUCAGAAGAAAAACAUUGUAAGUAUUUUUCCAUUGUGAACGCUAGGUACCUGACAAUGAUCUGAGUACUGACAUGCCAUCGUGAUACUAACUUGCCAUUCAGAGAGCUGUGUAGAAAUUAAUGCAAAUUGAGAUUCGUGCUCUGUGAAGAUGCUCAACUUAAAUGGGUCAAGUUGUCAACAGACACGUCACUUGAUGAAAGGCGAAAGUGGUACUAAGCGUGUUUGGCACCAUGUCACUGCACUGUUUUUCUAUUGUUUAAAGGCACUGGACUCGCUUGGUAAUUUUUAAAGAUCAGUAUUCUCACUUGGUGCAUCCCAACAUACA